AUGGUCCGAUACCGCAUAAGGAGCCCCAGUGAGCAUCCGCACCAGGGGCCUGGGCAGGAAUAUGGACGUGAGGAGCAGGGAGAGGAGCAGGGGCUGAGCCCAGAGAGUGUGGAAGACUAUGGGAGAACACACCAGGGCCACCAGUACCACAGACACAGGCGCUGCUCGAGCAGGAGGCCGCACCGCAUCCACAGGAAGCGCCGGUCCUGCAGGAGGCCGAGGAGACGCUCCUGCUGCCACAGGAAGCGGCAGCACAGAGGUUGCAGAAGAUCCCGAAGGAGGAGAUGCAGGUGCAGGAGGUGUAGGAGACACCAUCACUACCACCCCUAA